AGAGAAAGAAUCCACGAACGCUGCAAGACGAUCUGUCCCAACAAAGACGAUGUGGAAGCUGUCUCCAGUAACAACUCCAACCACGACAAAUCCAAAGCUGAGCUGGAACAAGUCCCGAAGAUCUUCAUGAAGCCUGAGUUUGCUCUGGAGGAUCCGUCCACCUUCAACAGCGUGCUGCCCUGGUCGCACUUCAACAGCGCCGGGGGAAAGAGCAGCCGAGACGUGGCGUCCUCCAAGCUCCUGCAGGAGAAGCUGAGCCACUACCUGGACGUGGUGGAGGUGAGCAUCGCCCGGCAGAUCUCUCUUCGCUCCGAUGCCUUUUUCCACGCCAUGUCCUCUCAGCACGACCUCCAGGACCGUCUGCAGGACACUCAGCGGGCCGUGGCCGUCCUGCGUGGCCGCAUCGCAGCCAUCGACCGGGUCACGGUCCAGGGGCCUCUGAGGGCCCUGCGCACCAACCUGACCCGAAACAACUGCGUGAAGCUGCACAACAAACUGAAGCUGAUGGCGGCGGUGCACCAGACGCAGCCCACCGUGCAGCUGCUGCUCUCCACCGCUGAGUUCAUGGGGGCGCUGGAGCUCAUCUCCACCACCAAGGAGGUCCUUCAGCAGGAGCUGCAGGGGGUCCACAGCUUCAGACAUCUGGGCUCUCAGCUGUGUGAGCUGGAGAAGCUGAUUGAUAAGAUGAUGGUGGAGGACUUCAGCAUGUACGCCCGCAGCGACCUGAACCGCUACCUGAGGGACGAGCCGCACGUCCUGGACAAGGAGCGUCUGGAGUCCCUGGUGUUCGGCCUGCUGCGGCAGAGAAAGCUCGACUUCCUGGAUAUUUACAGCGAGGAGAUGAUCAUGGCGGUGAAGGCCAUCGUCUCUCUGUGUGUGGCAGAAAAUGUUUUGCAAAUUGAAGACAUCGACACUGAAGUGGUCACCAAGGUUGCGGACCAGACCCGUCUGAUGACGUUCCCUCAGUGGUUCGAGCUGCUGAAAAACGUCUUUGAGAGUUUCCUCCUCUUCCUGCAGCGGAUCAAGGCCACUCAGACCGUGAUUAAAAACGUGGUUCUGGAGGUUCUGGCGUCGACGCAGAAGCUCCGCCUCCUGGAGGAAGCCGCUUUAGUUCAGGAGGCCCCCCCCGGCCCGGAGCUUCUUCAGGGGGGGGGGGCGGAGCUGGCCUACCUCACCCACGAGGGGCUGUUCAUCAGCGACGCUCUGAACGAGGCCCAGCAGGGGGACCAGAGCUCGGUGGGGGGGGCGAGGCUCCAGGACCAGAGCUCGGUGGGGGGGGCGAGGCUCCAGCAGAGGGACUCCGCCUCUGGAUACACAGAGACCUCCGUCAGCCGCGAGCAGAGCUACAUGUCCGGUGAGAACAUGAUGCCGUCUGACCUGGAGCUGAACAGAGUGAUGAACACGCUGCAGGAGCUUCUGCACACGGCCUCCGACGUGAGCCACGACCGCUGCGUCAAAGUGCUCACCGCCAGGGCCAAGGACGGCUCUCUGGAGCGCCUCAGCUCGGCGGACUUCGUGCUGCUCUCUCAGACGGUGGAGGGGUUCGUGCGGGACACGGAGGAUCUGAGCGGGCGGAGAAGCGCCUCGCUGCGGGGGGCGCUGCAGAGCCAGGCUAACCGCUUCGUGCACCGCUUCCACGAGGAGCGCAAGACCAAACUCAGCCUCCUGCUGGAUAACGAGCGCUGGAAGCAGGCGGAGGUUCCCGCUGAGUUCCAGGAUUUGGUGAACUCCAUCGCUGACGGAAGAAUAACUCUACCGGAGCGCAAAAUCCCAGGUACAGAGGACAGGAAGCCCACAGAGUUUCUGUUCGUCAACGGGCAGAAAUACGCCGUCGUCGGGACGGUGCUGCUGCUGAUCCGGAUCUUUCUGGAAUACUGUCAGUGUGUCAACGACAUCCCAUCCAUCGCCACCGACAUGCUGACCCGUCUGUCCGACCUCCUCAAGCACUUCAACUCUCGGAGCUGCCAGCUGGUUCUGGGAGCCGGAGCUCUGCAGGUCGUCGGCCUGAAGACCAUCACCACCAAAAACCUCGCGUUAGCCUCCCGCUGCCUGCAGCUGGUGGUUCAGUACAUUCCCAUCAUCAGAGCUCACUUUGAGACCAAACUGCAGCCCAAACAGUACAGCGUGCUCAGACACUUCGACCACAUCACCAAGGACUACAACGAUCACAUAGCGGAGGUCUCUGCUAAGCUGGUGGCCAUCAUGGACAGUCUGUCUGAGAAGGUUUUAUCAAAGUAUGAAGUGAAGGCUCCGAUGCCCUCGGCUGUGUUCAGAACCGUCUGCAAACAGAUGGCCAAGAUGCACGAAGCCAUUUCUGAGCUCCUUCCUGAAGAGCAGACGCAGAUGUUGUUUCUGAGGAUAAAUGCCAGUUUUAAGCUACACCUGAAGAGGCAGCUAUCUCGUCUCGGGGUCGUUAAUGACGGAGGACCACAGAACGGGUAACACACACUUAAUGACUGUAAACUCAUUUCAAACUAAUCGGGGAUAAU